AUGCAGCUCACGCCCAUGCUCGCUCUCGCCGCCUUCUUCUGCGGCGCCGCUGAUGCAGCCAUCGUCUCGCUAUACAUCCCGGGUGGGAGUGAGAUCCCCAACGUCGCGCUCACCGCGAGCAAUCUCGGCGUCGACUCGGCGGGGCACACCACGUGGGCCAUCGGCCCCGCCACGUCCGCGAGCAGCACCUUCGGCGUCGACACCGCGCACCCCAGCGCCGGGGCCACGCUGACCGUCGUCGAAGACGCCUCGGAGCUCGUCAUCUCCUCCACGGCGACGUACCCCCAGACGAUCAGCGGGCACGUCUACUCGCUGCCCACGGACGCGCCGCAGACGCUCGUCAUCGCCGAGGAGUGCCAGGUCGCGGCGGGCGGCUCGCAGGCGGUGUGCUCCGGGUCGGUGGUCUCGCCGUCGGCGGCGACGCCGCUGUCCUUCGCGAGCAUGACGAUCGCCGCGGUGGCCGUGCCGGUGCAGGUUGACCUGUCGGGCGCGCGGCGGGGCGUCGCGGCGGGCGUGUUUGGGGUCGUCGCUGGGGUUGUGGCGGGCGCGCUGGUGCUGUGA